GAUUCUCAGAGCCCACAUGAAUCUGCCACACAGGACCUCACAAACACCAGGUUAUGAACACGGCCGACAGAAACCCUGAUCCUGACAGAGACUCAGUCUGACGAGGACUCUUCACUGUGGAACUAAAGACAACUACAUGAGCUGUGUUCCAGUAAAGCUCCACCUCUUCCUGUCCACAGAUAUACACUGAGGACAGCACACGAUGAUCAGAGCAGAGAGCAGGCGGACGGCCAGAGAGACGGUCUACCUGGACAUGGAUCACCUGGUGCUGCUGCUGCUGCUGUGGAGCUCAGGACUCCAGGCUGAAGGCAAUCACACCUCAACAGAGGCUGAUGAUGUCAAGUUGGUGGGAGGAGCCAGUCGCUGUGCAGGAACACUGGAGGUGAAACAUGAGGGAGACUGGAGACCAGUGAUGGACUCUGUCUGGAGCCUGAAGACAGCAGCUGUUGUCUGUAGACAACUGGACUGUGGCUCUGCUGUUUCUGUAGGAGAGAGAAUGGCGUCCUCAGACAGGCCUGUGUGGAGGAUCAGGUCUGUCUGUGUUCAGUCUGGAUCUGCUCUGAGGGAGUGUGUAACAUCAACUUCCUCUGCCUUAAUCCUGGAUCUCACCUGCUUAGACUCUGUCAGGCUGCUGGGCGGGACUAGUCUGUGUUCAGGCAGACUGGAGUCUGGAUCUACUCUGAGGGAGUGUGCAGAAUUGUCUUCCUCUUCCACCAUACUGGAUCUCACCUGCUCAGGUAUGCCCUUCAGUGACAUCAUCUAUGACAGUAAUGUACCCAGGUUGACUCAGCAGCUAGAAUGGCAGCAGACUCUUUUUGGUUGCUAA